UCUGCAGAGGCCUUUCCUCUCUCUAAAUGGGAGAGAGAUUCCAGAGCCGUCAUAUACACACACCGAAGCAUAUGGUGUAUACGCCGUAGGAUCAGUCGAAGACUCCAGAGGACGUGAAGGCGAUGGAUUACAUGAUGGAAGCUGCCUCAGGAGCGCACUUCUCUGGUCUCCGCCUCGACGGCCUUCUCCAAACCUCAUCUCCUCGUUCUUCCUCUUCUUCUUCUUAUUCUCAUCCUCCUUCAGCCCUGCAAGACGACAAUGCCCCCAAACAGCCCUUCGUCAUUGGAGUUUCGGGGGGUACUGCAUCAGGCAAGACAACAGUUUGUGAUAUGAUCAUCCAGCAGCUCCAUGAUCACCGUGUUGUUCUCGUCAAUCAGGAUUCAUUCUACCGUGGGUUGACUGCAGAAGAAUCUGAACGUGUUCAUGAGUACAAUUUUGACCAUCCUGAUGCUUUCGACACUGAGCAACUCCUCGAAUGCAUUGGGAAGCUCAAAUGUGGGCAGUCUGUCAAUAUACCUAUAUAUGAUUUUAAGAACCAUCGGCGAUGCUCAGAAAGCUUUCGUAAGGUUAAUGCAUCUGAUGUCAUUAUUCUGGAGGGGAUUCUAGUUUUCCAUGACCAACGAGUCCGCAACUUGAUGAACAUGAAGAUUUUUGUUGAUACAGACGCUGAUGUGAGGCUUGCUCGGAGGAUAAGGCGUGACACUGUUGAGAGGGGUAGGGAUGUGAAUUCUGUUCUUGAGCAGUAUGCAAAGUUUGUCAAGCCUGCUUUUGAUGAUUUUGUUCUUCCAUCAAAGAAAUACGCUGAUGUAAUCAUACCCCGGGGAGGUGAUAACCAUGUCGCGAUUGAUUUAAUUGUGCAACAUAUUCGUACAAAGCUUGGUCAGCAUGACCUAUGUAAAAUCUAUCCCAAUGUCUAUGUCAUUCAAUCGACAUUCCAGAUACGGGGGAUGCAUACACUAAUUCGUGACAAAGAGAUAUCAAAGCAUGACUUCAUUUUUUAUUCAGAUCGGCUUAUUCGGCUGGUGGUGGAGCACGGCCUUGGCCAUUUGCCAUUCACUGAAAAGCAAGUGAUUACCCCUACAGGGUCCGUGUACACUGGAGUAGACUUCUGCAAGAAGUUGUGCGGAGUGUCCAUUAUUCGAAGUGGUGAAAGCAUGGAAAAUGCUUUACGUGCAUGUUGUAAAGGCAUAAAAAUUGGAAAAAUCUUGAUCCACCGGGAUGGGGACAAUGGGAAGCAGCUUAUUUACGAGAAGCUGCCUAAAGAUAUUUCAGAAAGGCAUGUCCUCCUCCUUGACCCAGUUCUUGCAACAGGUAACUCGGCGGGCCAAGCAAUUGAGCUCAUUUUACAAAAAGGUGUCCCAGAGAGCCAUAUAAUCUUCCUCAACCUUAUUUCGGCACCCGAGGGAAUUCAUUGUGUGUGCAAACGGUUCCCAUCCUUGAAAAUAGUUACAUCCGAGAUUGAUGUUGCAUUGAAUGAGGAGUACCGUGUGAUCCCUGGGAUGGGGGAGUUUGGCGAUCGCUACUUUGGCACAGAUGAUUGAUAUGAUCAGCCUAAAUGGACCAUAUUUCAGUGGGCCAUUGUUUCUACACCUUUAUUUAUUUUAAAACCCAGAAAGGGGUGAAAAAGAGAUUGGAUGCUAUAGCAUGAACAUUAUAAUUGGAUAGGCUGUUUGGGUGCUAAUUCAUCUUCUUUUUGCAUGCACUGCUUCUGUGCAUGUAUUUUUAUUAGUGUCAAGGAGACCAGAUAAGGAAUAUGUGUGCCAUUCGGACUGUUCAUUCGAUCAUCUUAUAUGGAUGGUCAUGUCCGAAAGUUAUAAAAAAAUAAAAAUAAAGCAACAUUGCCAUUGGAUCUUAAA